AUGAACCCAAUCACCGGGAUUGGCCUCGUUGCGGCAUCGCUGCAGCAAGAAGGACUUGGAAUUAAGGGGGUGCUUCAAGGGAUCAUACUCUUGAAAGAUCUCAAGGAGACGCCCGCCAAGCUGACGGAACUUCUGAACGACGCCGAAAACGUCAUACUACGAGUGGUCGAACUUGAAGACACGCUACAGAACCUGAUGUCGGCUAUCGCCAAGUUUCUUCCUCAGCAAUACUUGACAAGCCUACGGAAUACUGUCGCCGAUGUUCGCGGAGCUAUAGAUGCCCUUCGCGUGGACCUGGAGCCUCUUCAUGGCCACCUUCGGACCAAUACAUUGAGCACGCCCGGAUCCGGUGUCAGAAAGCUCUGGAGAAGUGUGGUUGGGUUUUGGCGCUCAAGAAAAAUGGCUUUCAGGGUAUUGCGUUUUAUGGAUGUGAUACGGCAACACUUCGCGACAGAGCUCAGACACUACCAUGAAAUCCUGGUUACUGGGAACUCGGGGUUGGCCGGGCAAGCAACACCUAAGGAGUAG